AUGCCGCCAUCCAGCGUUGAUGCUGAUAGCCAGAUGGCCGUUCCAGCCUUGCGCUCAAUGAGCGCCAUGAGAGGUCUUCUCCUAGCAGAAGUCGGAGACUCGAUGGUAGAGUUCGACGUGUAUGGCAAGCCUGGGGAAUCCGGGUACCGAGUUGGCCAACGCAUAGCACAGGGGUCUCUCAUGCCUCUUGGAAGCUCGAAAUUUGCUCCACCACCCCGCAAGGUCCUUUCCGCUCCGGACCCUGUUCUCGGAAGCAUGGGCAGCCUAAGUACCAGUGCAACCCUUUUCGACGUCAAUGCCGCACCUACCCAAAACGGCCCAGAAAUCAGAACCCUCGUUGGAAACUCGAAUUCCAAACUGAAACACGGUACAACCGUCCCUCCACGUCCUGCAUUACGCAACGCAGAUAGCAGCGGAGAUCUUGGCACCGAUUUCAAGCCCGUCGAGCUAGAAAAGGCAAAGUGGAGAUCGCGUAUAGAAGUCGACAUCAUACUCGAGAACCAGGCUUGUGUGCAAGGAAGUUACCUCAAGGGGACAGUCAAGAUUCACAUCAAAAAAGGCUCCAACAAGGAUACACCACUGCUGCUUUCUCAGGGGAAAGUUAGGGUCGUCGGAUUUGAGUGCAUACCGCAGAAGGACAGCAAGUGCACGUUUUACAAAUAUUCAGCUCUUCUAUCGGAAAUUGCUCCAUCGUGGAAGGGUCUCUUCAAAUCACAACCCGAUGACGAUGGCUGGGCCGAAGCGCAAGAGGGCGUCCACGUCUUUCCGUUCGCGAUGCUUCUUCCUCCAGAUGGUGCCUGCGGCAUGGCGAAAGGGGUUCUGAGCAUGCACUCUGGAGUGGCUAUUAGAUAUGUUGCUAUGGCGGAGAUCAAAGUCAAGGACACGGCAACAUCCAAACAAUCCGUCGCUCACUUCUACCGCGACUGUGAGGUAUGGCCACGUCUAGACGUUACCUCCACGCUUGCUCCAAACUCCCGUCCACUGGUCGCAGAGGUCGCCACUAGAGUGUUCAUGGGUGGCCCAGGAAAAAUUAGGCUGUCGGCCCGUAUUCACCGAUUCCACUGGGUCGCUGGACAAAGUUGCACCGUUCAUUUCCGAGUAACCAACGACUGCAAGAAAUUGGUGAAAAGCGCUGCCAUCGCGCUGAUACGAACACUGACUGUGUUCAACCCAAAACCGCACUUGGAUGCUGGGGAUGCUGAUCCAGAUGCCUGUCAAACCUCAACGAAGACAAAGUGGAUUACGGAAAGCACCCUUGAGUUGGGACAGCGGUGCGCUAAGGGACGUGCGAGCGCAAAAGGGUGGUGGACAGGUGUCGCUCCCAGUCAAACGAGCGAGUUCGCCCACUCUUUGAUAAUACCACCCGACGUUCACUCUAUCGCCCGGAUGCGACUGCUCGAGGUUGAGUACACGCUUCGCAUAAGUGUAGGUGUCGGGAGAUGUUCCUCGGACGCGCACGUCAUCCUGCCCAUUCGAAUCGUCAAUUUUCUUUCACUCGACCCUCCACCUACGUCGCCACUCCAUACUCAAAACAGGCAACGUCCCCUACCAGACUUUGUGCAUCGCGAACCAUGGUAUCGGAAGUCCCGUGUCAUCGCCAGAGAUAUUGUAGAGACCGACGAGACAGUCCCUGGCAUGAAGUAUUCCAGGGACAUGACAAUUGCCGCAGAACCAGAGAUUGCUGAUGUGGAGCCCGUCUCGAGUAAAGAACAGCAUCAAGACAUGAACACAAGUGCAGAUUCGGCAUCUAUUUACCCGCCUUCUCAGUCUGCUGACACCAUCGAACACCGUGAAAACUCCCUCCACCCCGUAUCUGAGGAAGAUAUCGAUCAAGUCCUGGGGGUACCCAGUAGCACUGCGAGCUUCGCCAGAGGACUAACGGCUUCCAGUAGCGCGAUAGAACCUCAUACCCUUGCGCGUCCCCGAGGACCUCGUUCAGGUACACCGAGCCAGCUCCAACCCCCACAGGCCGAAAGCGCGCCCAACACGACGUUCCUUAGUCGUCGUAUUCAGGAAAAAAUGCAGAGUCCAGGCGCAAGUUGGGUAAUCGUCAAGCCAUUUACUGAACAUCAAUCAGAUGCGAUCAAGUCACAGACAUCACGUAUCAAGAGCUCAUCGAUGAUCCUUCCCAGACCACCUGCGAUGAUAGAAAUCCUCGACGAGCCUGCAAUGCGUCCAAGACCAUCAGCGUUGCUCCCAGGUAAUCGACAUGUGUGA